GAUUACUUGAACUGUGUAAUUUGUAUAGCACCAAGAGUUUUGUUUAGAUGCUGUUUGUAUAGCACAGUAGUCUAUCUUUCUUUAGGUAUACUUAUCGUUCUGUUUGCUCUUUACAAGAGGUCUCUGCAGUGGCUAAACGAGAAUACAACAGAUUGGAUGAUCAUGUGUAUGUCCGUAUUUUGCGUUUCAAGAGCUCUUGCUUCUACUACGACUAAUGAUACGACUCGAAAUUUUGUGUCCAGAUCUCAGUUUAGACUGAACAUGGUCGUGGUGGUUUGUCUUCAGAGGAAGAACAGUGGUGAAGAACUGCCUGUUCCUGAAGGCGAAACAGCUGUGGGGAGAGGACCGUUCUUUAAGCUUUAGAAUCUUCAGGAGGGAUGACUGGAGUUGCCAUGAGUAUCACUUCGUUUGAUGUGCUAUUGAACUUUGACCCGGACUUAUAAUAAGGAAUGUGGUGCAUCACGCCUCGCAGAUAUCGUACCUACUCAGGGCAUUAACACAACAAUUUGAAAUACUGGAAUCUAUCGCUAAGGAGUGCAGCUCUACUCUUGAUAGGAUUGACACUAAGCACGUGACCAACCGUCAGAAUGGCUUUGGUUGGGCGAGCGUAGCAGGUGACUGAUAAGCGAGUAUCUCGACUUCAUGCUACUUUGAGGCUUGAAGAUGGAAAACUGGCCUUAUGUCCGGUACUUAAUUGUCAAUACGUACUGUUGUAGCAGUGAGUUUGGGAAAGCAUGUCACAUAUACUACAUAGUACGUGCUUAUAACAUGCAGAAACACAAGAAUCCAUGUUUUUUCAAGGGGCCUGAAGAGACGUCCUACAAGGUGCUGCCGAAAGAUAAUUGGAAAGAACUAGUUCAUGGAGACAGUUUCUCCUUGCUUCCUGAUGACCUUGUGUUCUCAGUUGUAUACAGGGAGAAAAGCAAAAAAGAGGAAAGGAUAGCAGUGAUUCAGGAUGACAAAAUCCUAACAGUUGGAGACUCCACUGACUUCCUUGAUGCACUGUUCACAACGGAUGAUCACAAGACGACAGUUUCAGGUUACCCUUCACACAAGCCAAUAAUCACUGACAGCAAAGACGAUCACAACUAUGAAACGAAUUUAACUGUUGAAGUCUCGUCCCAGCAUGGCAGUACGGGUAAAAGCAGGAUUCUUCCCAGCUGGCUGUCAGGGCAUAAUGUUACGUCUCAAGAGUGCGUUAGAAAAAAAGCCGAUAGAAAAGUUCGUCCUAGAAUUACGGUUAAAAAGAAUAAUGAGGAUAAUUCCUCACCUCCAAUUAAGAAAUUUGCCAGAACCGCUACUAAUCCAUCAUCUAUGAUCGAUGAUCCAUCUAUCUACAAAGAGGAAUGUAAACCUGAGGAGAUUGUGGUAACAAGUAGUGUGCUCCCAAGGAAAGUCUCCAAGGAGGCUAAAAAGAAAGGUGUUUCUAAACCUGUUCCAGUUUGUCCAUAUGGAGCUACCUGCUACAGGAAGAACCCAGUCCACUUUCGACAGUUCUCCCACGACGUUUCUGCAAGCUUAACGUCGGCCAUUGUGGACAAUGUCAGUAGUGAUGAUGAAAAGGAAUAUCACAAGCCCAUCUGUCCCUUCGGCAAAGAAUGCUACAGGAAAAACUCAGUACACAGGCAAGAGUACACACACUCAGACCAAAUGCCAAAGAGUAAGAAGAAGAAAGAAAAUAGACGCAGCAAGAAAGGCAAGUGCAGUAUACUAAGUGGAGAAAGUGAUGAUGAUGGUGAACCUAACACGUAUGACUACAAUGACAGUUUCAUCGACAACUCAGAAGAGGAUGGAGGUGAUGUCAGCAGCUUUGGUAGUAACUCUGAGGAUUCUGAUUGGUCGCCUUGUGUAAAAAUGACAGACAGUGAGAAUGUUGAAGAACUGAUAUCGGAAACCAAAUCAACAAAAAAAUGAAAUGAACUAAACUUAAGUUUUAUUCAUUGUAUUUACCACAUUACUGGGUCCAUCAUGUUCAUCUCUAUUGUAGUGCCCUGAAUAUGGCAGGCAAACAAUUGCGA